AUGGAUAGAUUGGGUGAGAGAAGAAACUAUAAUGAGGUGCUUGAUUUGUCUUCUGGAGAUCUGCACAGAGGAGGAAUAAAACCCAUCACCUUUGUUCGUCAAGUCCUUGCUGCCUGCUUUUAUCCAGCCCUUUUGGAGGAUGACAGUCUGCCAUUAGAUGUUAAACAAAGGGCCGAAAGUCUCCUUAGAGAAUGCGAUGGUGGAAGCAUAGGCUCAUAUACAGAGUCGAGUGGAAUCGCCAAAAUCAAGCACUGCGUGUCUCAGUUCAUUACCAGGAGAGAUGGAGGAGUUCCUUCCUCACCCGACAACAUCUUCAUCAAGUCUGGGUCACAGACGGCUCUCAUGAUUAUGCUGAAGCUGCUAAUUAGUGGCAAGGACUUGUGUCAGACUGGUGUGCUCAUACCUGUACCCACAUAUGCUUCAUUUACUCUUGCUCUGGAAGAACAGGGAGCUGCCAUCAUACCGUACCAUCUGUGUGAGGAGCAGGGCUGGACGCUGCAGGUGGAGGAGCUUCGCAAGGCACUUCAUACAGGCAGAAAGACCUGCAAUCCAGUCGCACUUUAUAUCUGCAACCCAGGGAAUCCAACAGGUCACAUACAGAGUAGGAAAUCCAUAGAAGAAGUGAUCCGCUUUGCUGCAGAAGAAAGGCUCUUUAUACUGGCUGAUGAGGUGUAUCAAAGCUGUGUUUAUGGAGAUGAUACUGAGUUUUAUUCCUAUAAGAAGGUGUUAUCAGAAAUGGGCUCUACUAUUUGCAGCACUGUGGAACUGGCCUCCUUCAAUUCUGUCUCUAAGGGCUUCAUGGGAGAGUGUGGGCUUCGUGGAGGCUACAUGGAGCUGGUGAAUCUCGACCCUGCGGUGAAGGAAUACGCUAGUAGACUUUUUUCAACUAGGUCCUGCCCGCCUGUUGUUGGACAAAUUGCACUUGACCUCAUGGCAGGUCCUCCAAAACCUGGUGAUCCUUCAUUCCCCACCUUCUCUGAGGAGGUCCAGGCCAUUAAAAAUACGAUAUGUAAAAACACUGGUCGGAUUCAGGAGGUCUUUGCUGAGCUGCCGGGGAUCAGCUGCCAGCCACUGAAGGCCGGGUUUUUUGUCUUCCCCUGUCUACACUUCUCUCUGAAGGCAAUACAAUGGGCCAAGAAAAGACAGAUGGAACCAGACAUGCUGUACUGUUUGCGUUUGCUGGAGGAAACCGGUCUGCAUGUGAGGCCGGGCUGUGAAUACGGACAGAGAAAGGACAGCCAUCACAUCAGGCUUUUUGUGGCAACUCAAGAGAAUAUAAUGGAAGAUGCUCUGCAAAGACUGAAGACGUUCCACACGCCAUUCAUGAAGGAGUUUUCUUAGUGUCAUCUUCAGAUUAUCAGAUCUGUUUAACCCUUGAAUGCAUGAAUGUUUCACCAAUCAGCAACUCAAAAUAUAUAUCUAAA